AUGGACUAUAAAGAAUUUCUGAAGAAUUUUGGAAUAAGUACAGAUACAGUCAAGCUAAAAAAAAAAAAAAGUUCCAGAGUCAAUCCACCUAGAGGAGAUGAAGCUUUAUCCAGUGACACUGUGCUUCAGAAGCUGUGCAGAUAUACCCAGGAUGCUUAUCCGUCUUUAAAGCAGGCAUUCCUUAUGCUUGAUGAAGUUAUUUGUACAAAUGUGUAUGGAGCAAGAGAGAGCACAGAAAAAAAAGAGGGAAAGAUCACAAGAAAUGACCUUCAUCACAUUUUCCGUUACUUUGUUUUUCAAGUGAAAGAUAAAGACUUCCAGGAGCUAAUGCAGAUAAUUGAUCCACAACAGAGUGGAUACCUUGACUAUCACGAAUUUUUAGACUUGUCUGAAGAAAAAGAAUCCAUGGUGGAGGAGAUCCUUUCUGAUAAAAUCACAGAAUAUUGGAAAGAUUUUCAUAAGGCUUUGCAGUCCUGUGAUCCUAAGUGUACUGGCACUAUUAAGAGAAGUCAUCUAAGAAAAGUCUUACAGCUGUGUUGUCCCUCUUUGUCAGAACAACAAUUUAUGAAAAGGAAGCAGAUUGAAGAUCAAGCUAACAUAUAUGCCAAGAAUAGAACUGUUGAUGAAGUAAUUAAAAGGCUGACGGACAGAGUAAUACAACAGGCAGCAACUAUUAAAGAAAGCUUUUUUACCUACAACAAGAAAUCACAUGGGCACGCGCUGCUGGCUCAUGCUCAACUUGCCGUCAACCAAAACCCCCUGAUCUCUCUAGAAGAAUAUCUAGAAAUAGGUGUCUACUACCACUCUUAUUUUAUUUCUCUUGUAACAAAUGUUGAAGAUCAUGGCAUGCCAGUGGAUGACGGUCAAUUCAAUCUACUAACAAAAAAGCUAGGGGUAGCAGAUGGAGGGUUGAGUUAUCUGGAUUUUGUCGCGACAUUGGAAGGUUUUCUAAGGGUGUGCAAGACGAUGGGUAAAGAUGAGUCACCUCUCAGUAUGGUACUGAUGGAAAGUGGAGGCUACUUUGACACCUAUUCUGCCUUCCGUGAAACAGACAGUAACCAUGAUGGUAUCAUCAACAUGCCUGACUUUCAGCAAUUCUUGGACAGCUUUCUAUGUGGUCUUAGAGAUGAGAAGUUCUUGCACCUACUUGGUUUCUUGGGAAUGAACCUGACCACCACGUUAAAUUACCAAGAAUUCUGUCAGCUGUUCCAGACCCAGGAAACUGAGGAUGUACACCCUCGGCUGGUGCCAUCUCGCAAGCUGAAGAGAAGUGGUCACCAGAAGAAGGAAUCUUCUUAUGUGGAGGAAGGUGCACAAUUUCGAAGAACAAAACAAUCAACAAAAAGCAAACAGAUAAUAACGGAUGCAGAGCUAGCUUGUGAUCAGGCUCAUUACUACCUUGUUAUCAAAGCAAGAACCAGAUGGCAUGACCUAGCAAGGAAUUUUCAGGAAUUUGACAGUGAGGGAAAUGUCAUUAUACAGCCAGGGGACUUGAAAAAAGUCUUGUUCAGAUUUGGCAUUCCAGUCACCCCAGAAGACUUUAAGAAGCUUUGGCCAAGGUAUGAUACAGAUGCAAAAGGAUAUCUUACUCAUCAAAAAUUUUUACAGAAACUGGGGAUAGAGUUUGCACCUACUGACACAGGGCUCAGCAGACACAGCACAGUGGACAUCUAUACAUGUUUAAAAGCAAACUAUAAUAAUCAGCAAAAGAAGCAUUCAAAGCUGGAAGAGCAGCAGCAACAGCACACUAAAGCUCUGCAUGUGAUACACUCAAAAACAAAGAAGAGAAGUCUUGUCUUGCAGAUAAAGAGGCAUCUUGGGAAAUCAUUAAACAACAACAACAAAAAGAGACACCGCAGAGAUGCCUAUAUCUCGUUCUGUGCUUUUUCCCUUAGCUUAGGAAUCAGCAUUCAUGACAGCAAGCUCUCUUAUUUUGAUUUUCUGAGAGCAACUGAUGAUGGCAGAGCAUUUAAAUACCAACAGAGACAAAAGCAGGCUGCACCACCUGCAAGCUUUUCAGCGCUCAGCUUAGAACAGACCUUAAUUAAGAUAAAAGAAAUAGUUGCAACAUCUUAUGAUUUGUUGUACAAGUUAAAAAUAACACAGGCUUGCAACAAAGACAUCACUAAUGAUGUCACUGGUAUAACUGAAAAAGAACAAAAUACUGUGGGAGAUGCUGUUUCUUUACAGAAAUCUCUUUCCAUGCUCUUUGGAGACUCCAGUGAUGCAUUUUCUCUAUCUGAUAAAGAAGGCACUGGAGUAAUUAAAGCACUAGAACUUCGGCAAGUACUUGACCACUUCUGCUUUAAAUUACAAGACAAGCAGUUCAGGCACCUUCUCAAGAACCUUAACCUUUGCAAGGAAUUGACAGUAUACUGGAAAGCUUUCCUGAGAAACAUAAACCUCCUCUCAGAGUGUCUCACCCAGAUUAGUUCACUUGAGGCAGGCUUCAGGAGCAGAUCCCACAGCUCAUACUCACAGCAUCCUUUUGUCAGGCAGAAAUUCUUACUGAGCUUGAAAACAACAGGAGCAUAUCAAAAGGCAAAGUCUGUCAGGGCUGGAGUGACUGACAAGAGCAGAAGGAGGGACCAAACUUUUUGGAUGAAGGAGAACCCAAAAACAGCUCCAAAAACUGAGGAAGGGCAAAAAGUCAUUCUGCCUAAAUCUUCUUGGGAGCUGUCAAAGAGAGGCAAACUCUCACAGAUACCAGAAGUAGCAACUGCUUGCUUAAACAGGAUAGCACAAGAGUUUAAAGAUAUUGACUCUUCAAAAGAUAACACGAUAUCAAAAGAGGAGUUCUGGGAUAUUUGUAACCGACAUUUUCAGCAGCUGACUGAAGAACAAUUCGAAAAUCUUUGGAACACAGUGGAUGUUGAUGCUGGUGGAUGGCUGAAAUAUCAGGACUUUUUGAGAAAGUUCAGCUCAGAACUCUUAACGAUGCCGUCAAGCACUCCCAGCAUUACUAGUCUUGCAACUUCUACCAAGCUAGCUACCCGUGCCAUGCAGGAACCACAAGUGUCUUCUCAGCCUGAGUGUCCCAAUACAUUAUCUUCCCUAGUAGGGAAAAAGAGUACACCAGCAUCCAGCCAUCCUCAGACAGCAACGGCAUGUUCUACACCUGUCCUUAACUGUGAAACAAUAGAAAAUAAGAUAAGAAAGGAUAUCCAACGUUCCUGGAGAAGCAUAAUGAACUGCAAAGAGAAGGAUGUCGGCAAGCUAGGAGAAAUCCCAGUGUCAGACUUCCUAGAUAUAGCAGAGACAUUCCACUGGGGUUUAAGUAAAGAGGAAAUUAACCAAAUAACAACAAAAUAUGACUUCAAGAAGAAUGGAAAAUUUGCAUACCAUGACUUCCUUCAGAGUUGUAUCUUGUUGUUAAAACCACAGAAAAGCUCACUGCUACAAAGGGUGAUUAUACAGAAGCCACAAAAACCGAUGAGUCCUGGACCACAAACCAUGUCAUUCUGCAGUGGAAUUACGAGAAUUCAGCCCCAGAUAUUGCACUGCUGGAGACCAAUGAAGCGAACUUUUAAAUCUUAUGAUGAAAGUCGUACUGGACUGUUAAAUAUUGCAGAUUUCAGACAACUAAGUUGCAUUUAGUAGGUUCUUCAUGAGUACAAAAUCAACCUAAGUGAAGAGGAGUUAUUUAGUAUUUUGGAAUAUUAUGAUAAAGCUCUCUCUUCAAAAAUAUCUUAUGAAGAUUUUCUCCAGGCAUUCUUACAGUAAGAUUUGG